AUGCUUGCAAUUGCUUUCCUAGUAUGUUUAUCCUCGGCCGAUAUACUACCGAUUACAAUAGAAUACGAAAAGGUGGGUGACGGUACUAAGCUUAUUGCGGAAGUGGAUGGUAUGCUUGCCGGAGUCCCAAAAGAUCCUACAAUAUUCUUCUUUGAUUCUGAAGAAAGGUCAAUAUCAACACAUGAUGGAACUUGCUUUAUACCCACCAAGUUGGGAAUCCGUGGAAGCUCUGAUGCAGAUUGUAGUGGAUGGGAUAUUAAGGAUGAUAAAAUCUUAACUUGGAGUAAUAGUCUUACAUUUUAUGAAUGUGAACAGAAUUCGAAAUUGGCUAUGACUGCGAAGAAUAAUAUUCAAAUCCAAGAUAAAGGAUGUUCAGAAAUUAUGUUGGUUGUUGCCAAGUUUGGAGAAAGGAGUGUGACGGAACCACAGGAAAAUUAUCCUGAUCUUCCAACUAUAGUGAUAAUGUUGGUUCCUUUGCCGGUAAUUGUCCUACUCCUUCUUUGGAUAAAAUUGCGUUAA